AUGGAAAUUGGCGAUCCGAUCGACUCGGAAUAUCCGAGCGAAGAAGAGGACCAGUCUGCGGCCGUUCAAGAGAAUAUACCAGAAGGUUGGACGGCUAACGAGCCAGAUCUCGAAGAAGACGAUAUCGAUGGCAAUAUCCAACGAUGCCGUGACCGAAUUGCCGCAGGAAUAUUUCCACGCGCCUUUAAGGCAAGGCUGAAGGGAUAUAAAGUCCGGAAGAGAGCGCGCGAUGCGAUUCUUACCGCCGAACCAGAAAUUCAGGAUGAAAAUGUUGCCCAGCGCCUGCAUUGGCUGAAAUUCACCGAAGCAGAACUCGUUAAAGAUGGCGACAAGGGUGAACAUCUGCCGAACGUGAGAGCACUCAUAAAAGCCUACCGAAGUGGCAAGUUGGCGUGGGACGAGACGAAAGUCACGUAUUGGUCCAAGGGAAAACAGCUAUGCGAGCCGCAGGAAUUCGACGUCGAGGGAUUCAAGAAGAUCAACCUCGCCAACAAUGGCCACAAAGGGUUUUGGGUGGAAGGGGGCGAAAAGCCAGGGCCUUUCAAUAUGUUUCCGAGCUUUAUCAACGAUCCAACAACGAUACCUCUUAAUUAUCAUCAACACGAGAUAUGGUUUGACGUUCAAGUGUCUGACUCGCGGCCUGUACAAGGUCCGCCCAUAGUACCGAAGCAGAUGAAAUUCCUAGAUGACUCGGGGUCCCACCUGAUGUGCAUCUUCCAAGAUGACCUAGACGAAAUCAUAAGUCUGGCUCAUGGCACCCAGCCUAUGGACAUAGGUCCGAGGCCUGUGGUGACUGCCAACGGAGUACGGAAUUUGGAUAGAAAGCUGCUGGAAGCCCGAGUCUUGACGCCAAAACUAGAAGUGAUUACCAGACCGUCCUUUGUCGCCUGUUCUAUCAGACCAACCUCAGACAAAAGCUACUCCAACACCCGACUCAGUGGUGUCUGGUGGAAAAACUUGCUCUACCUUGGCAUGGCCCCUGACGACACUGGGAGACUGUAUGUGAGUACCGAUAAAACCAACAUGGUGAAUCCGAUGCCGGAUAUCGACUCAAAUAAUGCAAGCGCACCGGUUUAG